AGUGCACACAAAUAGCAAGCACGGGUUUUCUCGCUUCAUCUCCAAAACCGACUCCUUCCCAACAAAACCUGCAUCUCCAAGAAAACCAAAUCUUCAAAUUUCUCUCCGAAAUCUCCCAUUCUACGCUCUCAUCUUAGAUCUGUUCCAUCUUCGUCUUCAAGUUUUGUUCUAAUUCGCGAUCUCGGCCUCUGCAACAAACCCUAGCCAUUUCCGUUUCGGAAACUGAAAACUUUUGUUUGAAUUAUUCUCGAUUUUGCCACUUUUUACGGCUUUACUGGAAAACCUUAGGUUUAGUUUCUUUUUAGGUUUGUGUGUACAGAUAGUCUUUGGUUGGUUGUUUUAGGUUUUGAAUCUGGUGUUUGUUUGCGAGAUGAAUGGUAGAGGAAGGUAUCCGCCUGGUAUGGGCGUGGGACGGGGUGGGGGUGUUAACAUGAACCCUGCGUUUCAGUCGAGGGUGCCUCAGCAACAGUACGUGCAGAGGAAUUUUGUGCAGAAUCACCAGCAGUUUCCGCAACAACAGCAGCAGCAGCAGCAACAACAACAGCAACAGCAACUGUGGCUCAGGAGAGGCCAGUUGCCUGGUAAUGAUUCCGGCGUGGUAGAUGAGGUCGAGAAGACUGUUCAAUCUGAAGCUGUUGACUCGAGCUCACAAGAUUGGAAGGCAAGGCUAAAGAUUCCUCCACCAGACACACGCUAUAGAACAGAGGAUGUAACAGCUACUAAAGGAAAUGAAUUUGAGGACUAUUUUCUGAAACGAGAGCUACUAAUGGGAAUAUAUGAGAAAGGUUUUGAAAGACCAUCUCCAAUCCAGGAGGAGAGUAUACCAAUUGCUUUAACUGGUAGUGACAUUCUUGCUAGAGCAAAAAAUGGGACUGGGAAGACUGCUGCAUUUUGCGUUCCAGCCUUGGAAAAAAUUGACCAAGAUAACAAUGUUAUUCAAGUAAUUAUACUUGUUCCAACACGAGAGUUGGCACUUCAGACAUCGCAAGUAUGUAAGGAGCUUGGGAAGCAUUUGAAAAUUCAAGUAAUGGUUACCACAGGUGGUACCAGUCUUAAGGAUGAUAUCAUGCGUUUAUAUCAACCAGUCCAUUUGCUAGUUGGAACUCCUGGAAGAAUCCUAGAUCUUGCAAAGAAAGGUGUUUGCAUUUUGAAAGAUUGUUCAAUGCUUGUUAUGGAUGAGGCAGAUAAACUUUUGUCCCCAGAAUUCCAGCCUUCUAUAGAGCAGCUGAUACGUUUUCUUCCAGCAAAUCGUCAAAUUUUGAUGUUUUCAGCCACUUUUCCUGUCACUGUCAAGGACUUCAAAGACAGAUAUCUGCAUAAGCCUUAUAUUAUUAAUCUCAUGGAUGAGCUUACGUUGAAGGGUAUUACUCAAUUCUAUGCUUUUGUGGAAGAAAGACAGAAAGUCCACUGCCUAAACACUCUUUUCUCAAAGUUGCAAAUAAACCAAUCAAUCAUUUUCUGCAAUUCGGUGAAUCGCGUGGAACUGCUGGCCAAGAAAAUUACAGAGCUUGGCUACUCCUGCUUUUACAUCCAUGCAAAGAUGCUUCAAGACCAUCGUAACAGAGUUUUUCAUGACUUCCGUAAUGGUGCAUGCAGGAAUCUUGUUUGUACUGAUCUAUUUACUAGGGGUAUAGAUAUUCAAGCUGUGAACGUUGUCAUUAACUUUGAUUUUCCAAAGAACUCAGAAACAUAUCUUCACAGGGUUGGUCGGUCAGGAAGAUUUGGACACCUUGGGUUGGCUGUGAAUUUGAUCACUUAUGAGGAUCGCUUUAACUUGUACAGGAUUGAGCAAGAACUAGGGACUGAAAUUAAGCAAAUUCCUCCACAUAUUGACCAGGCGAUUUAUUGCCGGUAAAUUUGUGGUGGAUAUGCAGUGCGGUGAUAGUGGGUUGAGGAAGUUGGCUGUUGAAGUUGUCUAUGCUUAGGGACAUGACUGGGAAUUUGAGGUGAUGGUGGAUGACUAGUUGGUGCUGUAUGCUUUUUAACCCUUUGGAUAUUUUUAUCAGUUUCUGGAUUUGAUAGUCUGGAAACUUAAAACAAAAUCAAACAAGAGUCUAUAAAACAGUUUAUAUAAAAUCCCAGAUUGAGCUGGGUCCUCUGUUUCAUCUGGUCAACGAGUCUUUGGUGCUAUCUACAUCACUUAGUUUGAGUACAACUGUGCAAUGGUUGAAGAAUGUGCCUUGUGACCCUAGUCUCUGUCGGUGCAUUUAUUCAACUUAUCGUCUGUCUUUCCAUUAUUAAUAAAAAUCUUUCAUGAAU